AUGGCGUCAGUCCUCCGAUCCAAUACCUGGCGAACCUGCCAGGGCGUCGCCCGCCAGCGUAUCCACAACCCUCAACCCACCCGCUACCUCUCCACGAGCAACAUCCUCCGAUCUACCGGCCAAGCCGGCAACAACCCUCUCCGCUCGCGCGCAAAAGGCGCUCAAGAUGGCGCACGUCGGUCGAUCGCCCUUUCAGCGGCAGGAAUGGUUCUCUGCGCAGCUAGCAUGUACGGCGUGAUCAAAAUGGACGUGUUCGGGAUGGAAGCAGUCGAGGCCGGACCGGACGAGAACAACAUCAAGGCCACGACGAACGGCGCACUGAAGAUGGAUGGACCUCCCGGGUUCCCGGCUGACGGCGGUCCUUCAGUGAUUCCCCUAAAAGGCCAAGACCUCGUCAACAUCGAACAGGUCGCAACAGGAAACAGCACCGUCCCUUAUUUCCCGACGACGAUUCGCCUGCCCUCAAACUCAGAAAGAGAAAACAAGCAAGCCGGUGAUGCACUAUCUACUGAAGGAGGCGACGAUUACCAGCUUCUGGGCCUGGGUAUCCGCACCGUUUCAUUCCUUGGAAUCCAAGUCUACGUCGUCGGCAUGUACGUCGCCAAGUCCGACAUCACAGAACUACAAAGGCGCCUGGUGCACACGGCCAUGCACCCUCCCUCUGACGAUGACGCCGCAAUCCCUGGAACUGGUGCCGACGCCGCAACAUCCCUUGUUUCGCCUGAGCGCGCCCAGCUGAAGGAUCUCCUCCUGGACGCCGAGCGCGGCGAGGCAGCCUGGAACGCUGUGUUGAAGGAAGAUGGCAUUCGCACAGUGUUCCGCAUCGUUCCAACCCGCAACACUGACUUCGGGCACCUGCGCGACGCCUGGGUCCGCGGAAUUACUGCUCGCGCGCAGACGAAGAAGCCGCUUCCUGGGUCUACGACUCCUGGUGAGUUCCAGGAUGUGGAGUUCGGGACAUCAGUGAAUACUUUCAAGGCUGUUUUCGGUGGCGGGCAGCAGAAGAAUGUGCCUAAGGGACAGACUCUGGUUCUGCUGCGUAAUGCGCACGGCGCUUUGGAUGCGCUGUUCCAGGCUGAUCCUAAGGAGUCGCCGAAGUGGAUGGGCCGUGUUGCGGACGAGCGGGUGAGUCGGCUUGUUUGGUUGAAUUAUCUUGCUGGAAAGACGGUUUCUAGUGAUGGAGCGCGGAAAAACAUUGUUGAUGGGUUGAUGGCUGUUGUUGAGCGGCCUGUUGGAACGCUUGUGCAGAGGGUUGUUUAG